AUGGCGCUUGGAGUGUGUACUGUUUGCCUGGAGCAAAAUGCUAAGUACAGAUGUUCCAAAUGCCCAGUGGUCUAUUGCUCUUUAAGUUGCUUCAAAAGCCCAACUCAUACCCACGAGCAGAUCGAGGAGGCAACCAAGAAGGAGGUGACUACUCAAAAGAAAGAAUCUGAUACCGAAAAUGAACAGUCCAAGCUGAAAUCUUUACACCAGAAGAUCGCCGAAGACCCCAUCAUCCAGCAGCUUCUACGGUACAAGUCGCUUCAAGUGCACAUCGCGGUGCUCCUCAAAAUUCUCAACGACUCCUCAAUAACCAAUGAGCCGCUAGCAGAAAACCGCAGAGAGAUUGCAAACAUGAGACUUUGUAACUUACGGAUGGGUGGUUCAGAAGAGAAUGAGCUUGUGGAAGAGUUCGUUUCUAGAGUGAUUGAGCUUUGCAGUUAA